AUGACGCGCGCCGCGACGCGAGACAAAACGAACAGACCUGAACAGACGGCACUCAGACGGUUCAGAAAAAAACAAAGCCCGACCGCUCCUGGAAUAGUCUCUGCAUUUUCAUCCUCCUUCCACCUUCCAUACCUUAGCGAGCCCCUCCCCCCUUCCCGGGACCCCAUGUCCCGUCUCCGCCCCUCCUCUCUCCCCUCCCGGACCCCCUCGUCCACCCCUCCUCGUAUCUCCACCGUCGCCCUAGGAACCGCGUACGAACUCGCUACCCUCCAAUUCCUAUCCCAACCCCCCCUCUCCCUCCAAUCCCUUCUCCGUAUCGGAGGGGCGAACGAUAAAGGGAUCGAUCUACGAGGAUUCUACAUACCCCAAAGACCCGUCGACGACGACGCCAACGACGACAUGGUUCACGAAGGCUCCGUCCAACGUCGUCGACUACGUCCCAGGAGGUACCCCAUCCUCGUCCAAUGUAAAGCCGUUUCCAAACCCCUGCAACCUUCCAUCGUGAGGGAAUUCGAAGGUGUGCUUUCAACCGAACCCGGAGGCCUUGGUAUCCUCGUAGGUAUGAAUGGGUUCACCGAAUCGGCGAUCAAGAGGGCUUUGGCGUCCGAAUUGCCGAUGGGCUUGUUGAGAUUGGGGAAAGGGGUGUUGGGCAGGGAGUUUGGGGCAGGGUCCGAAGCAGGGGUCGUUGGGGAGGAGGAGAAAAGUUGGGAUUUCGGGGUGAAUAAGGCAAUGAGGGAGCUUGUGGGGGAGGAUGUGGGGGGGUGGCUGAUAGGGGGUAUGAGGAGGAAGUGGAGCAAGGAAGAUGAGGAAAUGGACGGAAUUGAGGCCGAGAAAGGAAGAUGA